CUUAGGAAUCAGGCUGCCAUCACCUGACAGCCUCACAAUCCUCGCUUCUCCCUCUUCUUCCUCUCCUCUUUCUCUUCUCUUUGUUCGUUGUUCUUUUCUUCCCCUCUGGUUACGUUGCAAAGCCCGGCGCCUCUGCUAAUGCACGCCCUUCCUGCUAUGCUGUGGGUCGCGUGGUGACCUGACUCGCACAGUCCACCGUCUCCGCCGACGGACCGUGAAACAAACGAUGGGCUGAGGAGCGGGGGGGAAGCCUGUCUGGCUCUCAAAAGCACAGAAACCCUGCUGUUUGUUUUCUGUUCCGUUUAUUGGGUUUUCUUUUGACCAAAUUGCAUUCCCAAAAUGUCUGAAGCACCGCAGCAGACCACGCAAAGUCCUCCAGUAGAGGCGGAUCCAGAGCGGACAAACUCCCCAACUGCAGACUCGGCGUUGGGAAUCACCGGCGGCUCCUCCUACGCUUCUUCGCUGCUCUCCGAGGCUAGAAACUACCGGUACGAGAACGGUCGGAGAUAUCAUUCCUACCGCGAGGGCCAAUAUGUGCUCCCCAACGACGAGACGGAACAGGACCGCCAGGAUCUCGUGCAUCAUAUCCGCGGCUUGGUGUUCCGAGGGAAACUCUACCACGCUCCCUUAAAGGAGAACAUCUCGCGGGUUUUUGACAUCGGAACAGGGACAGGAAUCUGGGCGAUGGAUUUUGCCGACGAGUUCCCCAGUGCGACAGUGGUCGGCACCGACCUGAGUCCCAUCCAGCCCAGCUGGGUCCCGCCCAACGUGGAGUUCUUUGUCGACGACGCCGAGUCGGAGUGGACCUUCAAGAAGGAGUCCUUUGAUUUCAUCCGAGCGGUUGACCUCGGCGGAUCCAUUGCGGACUGGCCAAAGCUGUUGAAACAGGCGUACGCCCAUCUCAAGCCUGGCGGCUGGAUCGAGCUCUCCGACUUCCCCAUGCAUAUCUACUCCGACAACGGCGAUCCCGAGAAGCAGGCACCUGCCGUGGUGAAUUUCUUCAAGAUGUUGCGGGAAGCCAGUACGCGCUUCAACCGCCCGAUGGACGUGGCAGAGGACCAUAUCAAUAAAAUCAAGGCCGCCGGCUUUGUUGACGUCGAGGAGAAGAUCUACAAGUUCCCUGCUAGCGCUUGGUCUUCCGAUCCCGUCCUGAAGGACGCUGGUCGGUAUAACCACGAGGCCAACUCGAUGGGCCUGGACUCGUAUGGCACGGCGCUGUUCACCCGAGUCCUAGGCUGGGACCCGGUGGAAGUGGUCGUUUUCCUGGCCUCUGUUCGCAACCAGCUGCGAGAUCCUCAGUACCACCUUUACGUGAAUGGUCAUGUUGUCUGGGGUAGAAAGCCGGAAUCUGCAUAAACGGAGCUACACGAUAUACGAAAGACAUGAGCAUUUUAGUAUACUUUAGAAGAUGACCCUAGUCAGUAUUCAACAUAGUAAACAUACUAUAAUAGAUAAAUACUCGAG